UUGUAAUUCCCUACAUUCAUAAUCAGUAUAACUUUGAAAAAAAUAGGAUUAAUGUACAAUAUAUCAGUAAAGCAAAUAUAACAAUAAAAACCAAACAGGUACGCGAGUUCUUUGUGCUUGAAUUAUAGAAGCAUUUCUAUUUCAUGUAUUCUGCAAUGGUCUCUUUAUUCAUUUUCUGAAGAGCUUCCAGAAUUUUCUUCUGUCCAUAUGACUAAGCAAGAAAAGAUUUUUUUACCUAUUACAUUAAACAUUAAAAUCCACUGGCAAUUCUUGUGUAAUUCUUGAUACUACAUUGAAACUUGGGGGGGGGGACGCUACAGGUUGUACAGCCAAGGAAAAAUUGCAGUCAUGCAAUUAUUUUAUAUAAAAUUCAUUAAAUAAUCCAAGCCUGGGUCUACCCAGGACUAAAUCCAAAUAAAUUACUCUGAGGCAAAUAGAAACAAAAUCUUAAUCUAUAACCAACAGGUUGAGGAUAGGUUGUAGUAGACCUCACUGAACCAAGCAAAACAUGCUUCCAGAUAGACAUGUCAGUCACUAUCCUAUUACUUUUGUAUGUUACUAUAUCAUUUCUUCCUAUUAUAGGCCUAAUACUUUCAAAAAAUUUAAGCGCAUCAGUCUGCAAAUGGCAUGAACCUCCUCCAGGUUUUUAGAGAUCUUUUCCAGAUUAUGAAGAGCUCUGCACAUAGACAGCAGUUGACUCCAUACUCACAUACAAUACUUUUACAAACCAGUCUUAGGUAUUGUGAUUUUAUAGGGUGUCCUAACUCUGUUCUUUUUCUUGUUAUUUGUAUCCUGCCUGUUUAUAUAUAAUUUGAAGCAACAAACACACCUAAUCCACCUAUUUUCUCCACAAUAAUAACUUCUGAGGUGGUUGGGCUGAGAUAUUCUGAGUGUAGAUGAUCAAGUAAAUAUUUUCACAGUAGCAAUUUUCAUUAAUAGCAAGGAAUCCAACCUUUUGGUUUGCUGGGGCACACUAAGUGAAGAGGAAUUGUCUUGGAAAGCAUAUAAAAUAAAUAUAUAAAAUUAUCUAUCUAUCUAUCCAUCCAUCCAUCUCCCUAUCAUUCUAGAAAGAACAUAGGAAAAAUUUACUCUUUAUUACGGCUUACAAAAUAUGGAUUGAAAACACCCAGUCGACCACAAGAUGUCAGAUUUUCCUUGUUGACGUUUAACGGUCGUCUAAUCUUUGCAAUCCAAAUACCGUUGCUCAUUCAGUUGCAGAAUUUGCGCAUGACACGGGCGCCACUUAGUUUAGGAUUGCGCAUGCGUAGUAAAAGAGGAAGCUGGCCCGGCCAUUUUGUUAUCAUGGCGGGAUCAAACUCCGAGGACGGGUCGGUCCAAGCUGAUUCACCAGGAUUCCCUCCUCCCAUGGAGGGUCUGCAGUUGAUCCAGCAGGGAGCCGAAGCACGCCUCUAUCGGGGCCAAUUCUUAGGCAGGCCGACCGUGAUGAAACUCCGGUUCCCGAAACGUUACCGGCACCCGACGCUGGAUGAGAGGCUCAGCCAUAAGCGAACGGCGCAAGAGGCCCGUUCGUUGCUACGCUGUCGACGAGCAGGGAUUUCUGCACCCGUCGUGUAUUUUGUGGACUAUGUUGCUAACUGUAUAUAUCUUGAAGAUGUUGUAGGAUCAACUACUGUUCGGGACUAUAUAAUCUCCCAGCAGCAAUCUGGUGAAGGGAUCAGCUGUCUUAUUCAAUUAGCUGAAAAGAUAGGUGAGAUAUUGGCACGAAUGCAUGAUGAAGACCUCGUCCAUGGGGAUCUCACAACUUCUAACAUGCUUUUGCAACCACCAGAAGAGAAUCUGGACUUGAUGUUAAUAGAUUUUGGACUAAGUUUUAUUUCUGGCCUUCCUGAGGAUAAGGGUGUUGAUUUAUAUGUUUUAGAGAAAGCCUUUUUGAGUACCCAUCCAAACACAGAAGCUCUGUUUGAAGCACUUUUGAAGAAAUACUCAGCUGCAUCUAAAAAAUCAAUUCCGGUGAUUAAAAAGCUGGAUGAAGUACGAUUGAGGGGAAGAAAAAGAUCUAUGGUUGGAUAAAGAAUGCAGACAACACAGGGAGAAAAGGAAGAAUAAUUUUAUAUGUGCUUUAAAUUUUUCCAUUUAUAUCUAAUAAUAAAAUUGAAUUUGGCCAUUUAAUUUCAUAUUUAUGUAGUAGAACUUUAUUACUAGGAUUUAUAUAAUGACAGCAAAAAAUUCAACAACAGAAGUUGGUAUUUUCUUCUUUGUAAUCUGUCUAUUUCCUGAAUCAGUUGGAAUUUGACCCACAAUCCUAUUGUGAAGAUAUAAAUCCUUGAUGUAAUAUCUUAUGCAACUCAAUCAUAUGAUUCAAGUAGUUUGGGGCAUUUCAAGGUUUGCAAGUGCCUAUUAAUCUCUUAAGAUUUUAUUUGCAUCACUCUCUUUUAUGCUAAGAGUACAUUUAUGGCCUCAGUAAAAAAUACUGUUGGAUAUUCCUAAAACUGCUGCCAUCUGUGGUGUUAGACCAGUUUUAUUAUGUACUAUGUAUUCUCAAGAUUCAUUUAUUAGAUUUGUUUGCUGCCCAUUUUGCCUUGGGCAAUUGGAUAGAAAUAUGCCUGUGAAUAUCCCUUGUUUCCUGUCAAACUUCCUGUCCUCUUGACUACUUACUCCUUUGAUUAGUAUUUUUAAUAGGAAUUGCAUAAUGCAAAACAAAACAUCAGCCCCAUCCUCAUAUUUAUUUCCAAGAAAGCUUCUGAUUUGCAUAAUUUUUUAUUUCUACAGUUCAGUACUUUGUCUUGAUACAUAUUCAUCUGUCUAGAAUUAAAAGAUAACUUAAGUGUACUUAGUGGGGAAUGUGGCAGGUAUCGUUCUGAUAUAUGAGUAAGUGGGAAUGUCAUUCAUAGUACCUCUGUUGUGAAUGUGCCCCUGGGGUUCUUGGCAUUUCAAAUGCAUAUAUUAUUCCAGAGAGGUUGAGGGUCAUAAGUCUAUCUUUCACGUAAACCCACUUUGAAUCCAAUGCAGUUUGCUUCUAAAUAUAUCCAUGGAAGAUGGACUAUUUGACCUCUGACUACUAGAAGAAAUGAAGUAAUGUUUUGCCUCUUGUUUAUUUUUGUCUUUUGGAUUUUAAUUUAAAUGAAUACCCUGUUAAAACUAUAGGAAAGAAAUCAUGUAUCACCCAAAGGGCUACUACAGAUUAGAUGCUAGUCUAGGUGCAUAUUAUAGAUUCACCUCUAAUACAUUUUCCCCCUUCAAAUGAUAGCAGAAUCACUUCAGGGUUUUUCAAAAAA